UCCUAGCUGCAAACGCUUACAAAUUCAUUGACUGCAUCUCCACAUUGUCGAAUCGAAUACCUCGCAAUGCCACCUCGGCAGCAUUACAUUGUCAGUAGCGAUGACGAUGACGAUGAGGAUUAUCAGCCGUCUGAUCCCGAAGUUGCACUGCUCGAUCUCCUUCAUGAUGGAUAUGAGCUCUACGAAGAAGAUUACAACGAAGAUGACACCGACGAUGAAGAUGAGGAGGACGAUGAUGGUUUAAUGGUCGACGAGAAUGGAAACAUCAUUCGAGAUGAUGGCAAUGACUUUGAUGACGACCAGGAGAUGUCUGAUGACACCGAGUCUCGGGCCUUUGCCGAUCUCCUCGAAUUUGCCCAAGCGGUGGACGACGGUGAAUCACCUCUCGCCUUUCUGUCGGGUAGGGUAUCAGGUUCAUUUCCCAGCAUUUUACAUCGACUGGCAAUGAGGAGUGAUUCCCGAUUUAGAAACAAUGAUUGGGCUUCAAAAGUCAAGAAGAAACAGACGGUGGCGGAUCCGAAGGGGACGGAGCUAUUGAGGAGCGGGGAAUUUGGAAGGGUCGGAAACUGGCAAGCACCUGGUAAGGCUGGGAGACAAAGGUUGAGACGGUGGCAAAGGGCAGUCAAGGGUUGGAAACCCCCGAGAUCAACAACAAGCCAGCACCUCGUACCCAACGAGCCUGGAACAGUUGUUGCGUACUAUCCCUCCGUACCUUACGUCGGUCAGUUUGCUGGGGAAGAUUACUCCAUCUUCUACACGGCGACCCAAUACUUCACUUUACAUCUUUAUUCUACGACGCAAUACUUGAAGAGCAAGGAUAACAUCCAUCAACGUCGUACUGCUCGCCCUUCUGAUUCAACCCGACUCACACUCACACCAUCCACGCCUCCCGCUCAGGGUAAUCAGGUAAUCGAGGACGAAGAUCAAGGCGGACAGGAAGAUGAUUGGGAAGACGAGGAUGACUAUGUCUCUCGACCUUCUGUCAUAGAGGAUUCUAGUAUGAAGCGCAUCAAAAGAGUGCAAGGCGUAGAAGGAAGAUGGACAAUCACUGACUGUGAUGCCGAUAAGAAGGGAGAGAAGAUGAUUUAUUCCUCGAUCACUCCUUACGUCCAUAUGCUCUAUACAGAUGAGUUCGAUCAAGAACAUGUUGAGCUUGAUUUUUCCGACCCUCGGGAACGGGGAAAUUACUACAGGUCUGGAAUCUGGAGUAUCAGAUUCUCUGCAGAUGGUAAAGAGAUUGUAGCAGGAGCAUCUGACGGAAAGAUCAUGGUUUAUGAUAUUAACGCCCAACGACGAUCGUUGAGUGUUUCUGGUCAUGCCGAGGAUGUUAACGCCGUCUGCUUCGCAGACCAUUCAUCCACCAACAUCCUUAUCUCUGGUUCCGAUGAUGGAUAUAUUAAGGUCUGGGAUAGACGAUCUCUCUCUUCGCACGUACCUUCCGGUGUCCUCGUCGGCGCUACUGAAGGUAUCACUUACACUUCGCCCAAAGGUGACGGUAGGUAUAUAGUGGCAAAUUCGAAGGAUCAAGCUGCAAGGCUGUAUGAUCUGAGGAAGAUGAGGAGUUAUGGGGAUUUUGUUGAUGAGCCGAAUGCUUCUCAAAAGUAUGGUGCUGCCGGUUUUGAUUACCGAGACAUGCGCUACCCUCGAUCAGAGCCUCGCUCCCACCCACAGGAUUGCUCGGUGAUGACCUAUAGCGGUCAUUCUGUCCUGCGAACGCUGAUCCGAUGUCACUUCAGCCCCAUUGAGUCGACUGGGCAGAGCUACAUCUAUAGCGGCAGCGCUGAUGGAAUGAUUCAUGUCUGGAGUUUAGAUGGUCGAGUUGUUCAAGUGCUCGAUCGAUCCGCUUCAGAAGGCCUCUACUCGAGCCAAGGUAUUUACUCCGAUCCGUCCGCCCCCGCUCACUCCACUCAAUCCUCCCGCACAAACCUCUUUGGCUCCUACUCUCACGCCGUGAGGGAUGUCGCGUGGCAUGGAUACGAGCCUACUCUCAUGUCGACGUGCUGGGAUAUGAUGGGUAGUAUGCGAAGAGGCGGGACAGUCGCGAAACAUGAAUGGAAGGGCCUUGGCAAGAAUGGGCUUGCUAAGCUAGAGGACUGGGAAAUAAGAAGGAAGGAGGAGAAUGAAGGGAGUCGGGCGACAAAUUAGAUCGAAAAGGUAGACUGCGGUUGUAUUUAUGCGUUUGGCCGUUUGUUUAUUGUAGUGAAUUCCUUUUCGACUGUAUUGAUCAAUAAUUUCAUGCUGGAUCCGU